AUGAUGCUAGAGGACAGAUACUAUCACUCUCCACGCACACAGCUGACGCCUCUAGUAAGGAGUGUGCAGAAUAGUCUAGAUGUAAGGGAUAAAUCAGUCUCGGGCACGGACGAUGAUAUGGAGCCCACAGCCAUAGCCCCGACGCUGGGGGCACCUGGCUCGUCCCGGGUGGUUUCAAAAACGCCACCCAUAUCAGCCGCAUGCUACGUCCCCCGGAUACCCCGGACAGACCAUCGCGGACAUUUUUUGCGGGGAGCUACUCUCCAAAAGCUCGAGAUACGCGAUCCACCGAGGAAGCAAUACCGGUCUGUAGCACGGCCGGCCACUACCGCCUUUGAUCCGCCAUGCUUUCCCGGCGCCAAGGCAGUGCAUCAGAUAUACCUUGCCAAUCAGGCGCAUCCAGCCUUUUACCCGCCCCCCUUUCGCCGAAGGAAAAACAAGCUUCUCAGCCAGAUUGCGCUGCCCUUUUCUGUUCCCGACAUCGUCACGACUAGUGCUGUUCUGGGCAGAGGGCUGCUUGAUGGUAUGGAUUCCGAUCGAGAUGGCUUUUCUGCUCCACUGUCAGACGGCACCGACGGUACUGACGCCGCAGACAUGGUCAGUGCGCCUUAUCCUCAGCGGAUGCUGUCCCUGAUGCUUGCACAGCCUGCCUGCGCUCGCCUCCUCCACUUCAACGUGUGCAUCUCAAACGAACUCUCAUCUUCGUCAUUUGCCAGUAUAAACACAGAGAACUUGGAGCCCACAACGCCUGGUGCUGAAUCGUAUCUUGGUAAAUCCCCUAUCGCAACAAUUCUCUCCACACCGUUACCCCAGCCACCCAAGCAAUUUCCAAUGGCACCCUCUCUUUGUUUAAACGAGGAGUCUGUUGAUCACCAGGGCUCAACCAGAAGCGUAUGCUCGGGUCGGAGUCUAGAACCAAAUCUCUUUCGCUCCGCCUCUGUCGUGUCCGAUUCUGAUGCACCUACCCCGUUGUCUGGGGAAAUCUCUCAGCUCUUCCGUCCGCUCCCAGCCCCAAAUGUCCUCCCCUUGCGCUUGGGAGGAGUCCUUUUGCCGGGAGACGCUGUCUUGGCUGUACACCCUAAGACGCGUAGGGUUAGCUCCUGCGUUUGGUAUAGCAACAGGUGCGUUUUAUUCCCUGACGGCACACAAUCACAUUCCCAUCCCCUGUAUCGGGAUGCCACACAGCGCGAAGCAGCAUACUCUGCAGCGCGCUCCGUUCGGCAUGAAGAAAUCACUGAUCCCUUUGUGUUGGCCGGCCUUAUAUUCAGCGCGUUGGGUAAUGAGAUAUCGUGCUCUCCUCGCACCCGGGAUUACGACAUCAUCUCCCUCAGUGAGCUCGUGCUCUCCCCCGUAAAGCAUCUGCUGAGUGCUGACGAAAUAAAGAGAAUGGGGGAGAGCCUGGUCCUGGCGCUCUCAGCCGUCAAAGUGAGUAUGUAG